CAGCCAAUAAUUAUGAAUGGUCCAUUAUAAAAAAAUCUCCUACUAGUUAUUGCGAUAGUAUCGUGAAACCGCGGAAACCUGCCUUUGCGGAAAGUCCUUGCGAAAGUAUAAAAAGGUAAAUGAUCUCGAUUUGUCAGUCAGAAUAUGACAAUCCGGAUUAUUUUUAUUGAAAUCGGUGCCGUCAUGUUUAAAAAUAUGUUUACCAGUAUAUCUGCGUUCUCGUACCCGAUCACCCGUAGAUGGGGAUAUAUUGUUCUAAAUGACAACAUCACAAUCCUGUCAUUUUAUCAUGUGACGGGAUGCCAAUGAUUGAACGUAUCUGUUGUAAGGGUUUGCCCUUUUAAGAGCCUGAAGCGGAACAUUGUUCUUAGUCAUUUGAGAUAUUUACUAAUCAGGAUUGUUUCUGACGGUUAUCUUGGGAAUGAACAAACAAAUCUCUGCAUGCAUAUAUAUUGAGAGUACACUGGUCUUGGUCGAUCUAAAAACUGGUUACUGAGGGCAAUACGUUUAUAGAACUUGGUAAGAAUGAAAAAAUAUAAUACAUUAAAAACGUGUUCACACGAAUCACACAACAAACCAAACGAUUGAUUUUACACAAAACAGAAUGUUAUUGGUUCAGGUACAAAGUCACCUGCCAUCCCCGAUGGUGUAAAUAUUGAUAUUAUUAUGACAGCAUCGAUACUGUAGAUAAAAGUGCCGCAGAUUGUUGAUCUAUCCAAAACUCUGAAAGCGACCGUGUUAAUUCUGAACAAGAUGUAGAUCCACUGAAAAUAUAUGUCAGAAACCAGCAAAAUAUUCAUUUCUCGGGUAUUGAAUUGCUUCAUGUACAAAAAUUCGAAUCUUUGAUAUGUAACAAUUGAUUCCAUUUAUUACCGAGGCUGACCCCAAACUAUCCUUGUCAAUUGAACAUGCCAUUCAUAUGCAAAUUACUACGCGCAUGCUUUUCGCGAGCCAAAACGGUCUUCUUCAUUGGUGAGUGGCAUGUCGUUUACCUGGCCACGCUCUGAAAUCGACAUCGAUUGGCCAUCGGGUUGGAAAGUAGUUUGCACUAAUCCGGGUAACUUUAUACCCAGCGUUCCAAGUCAGAUAACAGACGCUGUUAUUCAACUCGUUACCGGCUAUGUCGUCCAAGUCGGACAACGCGAAUGACAGGACUGUUGAUGAAAACAGCUCGACUUCAACAAACGAAGCGGGCGAUGGUAAAGACAUGCGAAUACCGUCCAUGUUAGACAAUAAUUCCUGCCACGAAAGCACUGACGAUGCGACAAGUAUUUGCAGUGAGGGACUAUUUCUUGAAGAAGUUUAUUACAACCCAAGCACAAGCACCCCACAAGCUUUGAGCCCCUCAGAUCCAUGGGCUGAACAAGCACCUGGCUUUACGAAUGGUUACUCCGGAGUACCCGCCACAGUCAACAGCCGAGCUAUCCCACCUGGCCGGGAUACUCCGGACUUGAAGACCACAGAAUCUGAGCUCAAGUCACUGGUUGUGGCGGAUGGCCAGGAGAGCGCCAGACUGCGCGAGCUCAUCAGCCAGGUUGUGCUGGAGCACGAAGUCCACGCAUACAGGCACGAGGAGACAUUCGAUGCUUGCAACAACAACUUGUAUCAGCUGAUAUGGAUGAAAAUGACCGUGCCAGCCAACCAAGAGACAUUGAGUCUCUCCACGUCCAUAAGGUACGCCAGCAAGUCUAAUCGUGGGACCAUCAUUCUUGGAAUAGCAGACAUUCAACCCGAUGUUGACUUACGACUGCAUGGGAUUGACGAGGUGCUAGUGGGGCCUUUGACGAAGUCCAUAGUGAGACAGAAGUACAUGAAAUGGACGUCCGUGCAGACCGUGCAUGUGGACGACCCGAAUUUGUUGACACCGGAGUGUCCCAAGACCCCGACCACGCCCUCUUCUGCCUGCAGCGACACCGUUACCUCAAACCUGAAUGCGAGCCAAGACCUGAAUUUGUCGACGACGCCGGAGCCACAUGCCACAGCACAGUCUUCCUCUGGGAGUGAGAUGUCCAGUAACCUUCCCAGUGUGACGACCAACGCCACGCCCACCUCCAAACACGGGUCUCCCGGCAACCCCAGUACCGUCCUUUCGUCGCUCAGGAAUUUCAACUUGCAGUCUGUCACCUAUCAGCCCCGUCCCGCACGUCCGACAAUGGCGUCAUCUGCUGAUCACACCACGAAGGAGAAAUUACGCAGAGAGAGGAUCAAGGACAGCUGCGACCAGCUGCGGGUCCUCCUACCCUACAUCAGGGGCAGGAAGACGGACAUGGCAUCCAUAUUGGAAAUGACCGUUGACUAUCUGAAGAUAGUCAAUGCUGCUAUACCGGCAGAUUUUCAGAACCAGGUCAUAACGCUCAUGAGUAAGGGUGCUGUACUGCCCAAGAUAAAAACCGAUGGAGGACGGGGUUCGACGAGACGGUCAGGUAGGAGAGAGCCGGACCCCCCAGAAUCUCCAUCCACCACUCGAGUAUCUUCAACCAUGGACGCCAGUGGUCGAAGUGAAAGUAACAAUAUGGCCUCUGGUUCGAGCAUGUUUGACAUGGGCAUACCACAUAGUCACAGCCCAAUGUCCACUCCCACUAGGGGUUCGCAGGCGCAGAUGACGAUGGCAGGAGGCAAGAGAGAAUCAACGGACAGUUUCAAAGAUAUAAAGCCUGGAAAUAAGCGAAUGCACAUCUCCCCCCUCCCCAUCACCUCCCCCACAACCACCCAGUCUGGCCAGGGGCUCAUCUACAUGCAGUCAGACAUGGAUGGAAGGGCAGAUGCCAACGAUCCGAACCGCGACACGAGCUCUCCACUGCAUCUACAAGGGGUGCACAUACAGUCUCACAUUUACGGCGACCUGGAUAAUAACGCUAACCGUAUGUACCCCAACACCUUCCUUUCUCCCGACAACUACCCCAUCUCCACCCCCGUGGGCACCGCAGCAGCCAGGAUGUCGAAUCUGGAGCGAGAUGCCUACGGAAUGUAUGUGGAGAAUGCCUUUUACCAGUACUACGGCCAACCAACCUCGACCGCAAACUACAAUGCAAACACUCUUUCGGACUACGUGAACCCAAAUGCUGUACUUCCGGUCGCCUACUCGGCCAGGAUGGUCGGGAACAGAAAAUACGAGGAUCAAGAACGCUUUUCUGGUGUUUCUGGAAAUGAGAACAUUUAGAAUAGUGACGUCCAAGGCUGUGAUAUGUUUUAUUAAUGACAGAUGGUCGCACAGGUCGCUCGAGAACGGAGUACAGCCGAUAAGGCCCUGGUUGAAUAGUUCUAUUUUGAGUUCAAACGAACUUUUGUGUCGGAUCACAUGGAAGGUAUGUAGUAUAUGCCUUGAUGCAAGAUACUUAUGUUGAGAUGACGAUUCAGGACAAAGUGGAGGUUGUGACGUAAUAAUUGUGUGACGUCAAAUGUGUGCCAUAUGUGACAAUAGAACAGGUGUCUGAUAGAUUCACGUGCACCGAACGACACGUGGACAUAUUGUUUUAAUUACAGUUUGUGUGGAGGCUGUGCAAAUAUUGCCAACCUGGACUUGAUGUUGUUUACAGGAAUGAAGUUAAAUCCUGUUUCGUGUGUUACUGAGAACUGAAAAAUUUGGUUGUACCCCAGAGAUACUAGGGACGAGGCUUGAGAUUUUCGAUUGGAAACUUAACUAAUUCAAUUUUGUGGAACUUUGAAAGGACAUGGCGUUGUCUUCGGCAAAACUAACGUUAAAGUUUGUUUUGGUUUUUAGAACUGGGAGAACGGUUUAUAUUGACACGAAUGGAGUUUACGUUGGUUUUGUCUUUUGCAAACCAAGCGAGUUGAUAUUUGAAAGGACAGUGGAUCGGGUGGCUCAAUGUCAGAGGAAUCGAUGCGGAAAGUUGACAGUUUUGAUUUUCGAGUUACGUAUUCCUUGUUAUGUUUUUGUUUGAAUACUAGUUUGAUACAAAGUAUUCUUUGCUUUGAUGAAUACGUAACAGAAUCUUCGAUUUUCCUUAACAGUGAUAUCCUAAAGGUCUUAAGGUACUAUUUAUUUAAUCAUUCAUUCAUCUUGGCUUUCUGCCUCUGUCUUUUAUGGCUCAUUAUUUAAUUUUUGCUAAAUUUUCCUUAUUUAUUAUCGAUUUUCAUGUUGAAAUAGAUGGUAAUAGUUUCAGUAAUUCAUAAAAUAAUUAUUACAUAUUUAUUUGUAAUACGAUUAUAUACUUGUAAUCUAAGAUUUUUUACCCACUCUGUGAUGUUAAAAAGAGUAAAACAUUCUUGUUUUAGAGAACUUUAACUGAAUUGCUUUCUACAAAGUUCUUAAAUCAAAAAGAUAUUGGUAAAUAAACAUUCCUAUAUAAGUUUCAUUACAUUCCUAAAGUCAUCUCUAAUUCUGAUUUUAUAUUGAAAACAUUCUUUACUUGGUAUUUUACUUGGAAAUAAAGUCUUUCAUUUGCUGCAUA